CCUACGUUGGGGAACACCAUUCUAGACUAUCUUUUUUUAUAAAAAAAAAGAAUGGUAACCCCGCUUAGGUUAAAAAUUUAACCCUUUUAUUUAUAAGAUGUCAAACGUUUCAUAAACUUAGUAAUUGAGAAGAGUAGAGAAGAGUAAGUAGAGUAGAGAGAAGAGUCUUUAAUGAUUUAUGACAGCCCUAAGCCCCUGAACAGAUUUGCCAAUGUCGCCAUGAAAUAGUUCGGAGAUAACUUUAACGUGAUUACGAGUACAUUUGUUAUUUCUAUCAUUGAAAUGAAUGAUUUCGAACGAUGAUUAUGUAUUUAAUUGUGAUAUUCUUAUUGGGAGCAACAGCCCAACGGUACCCUAGUUUUUUCGAUAAUGAUGAUUUGAAGGAAAUGGGUUUCAUGAGUCAUGCUCGCAAUCCAAAUCCAAUUGUUCAUCAGCACAAAGAACCGCACCCAACCACUAUCAGUCGGAUAAAUCCACAGAGGCCUUCAGAAGAUGUAGAGUUCCGUCCCCCUCCAAGAAAUCAUAAAAUUAAGCUUGCGCAACAAGCUUACGCACACGGUCAAGAAUACGGAGGGCCUGUUGGAAAUGUAGAAAACAGCGUGUUAGAUGAAUAUGAAUCAAUACUUGACAAAAGUGGUAAAUGGGAUGAAUUUAUAAGAGAAACAGACAGAUUGAAGGAGAAAUAUAAGGGGAAAGUUAUGCCAAAUUGGAAGGAAGAUGUCCAAAGGUGGAAAGUAAGUUUUAUAUUAUAUAUUAAUUUUCGAUGAAUAUAUUAUAAAUAUUUAUUUCCGUGAUCAGCUUCCAUUAUGAGGACGAAUGUGUUUUUUUUUAUAAAAAUAUUUUUUUUAGCGUUGGUUCGAGAAUUUAAAACGCGAGAAUGAAAGAAAAGAUAGGGAAAAAGAGAUGCAAGAAAAAGAAGAGAUUAUGCAAGAGGAUAAAAAUAAAUUAAUCAGAACACCAUCUCUAGGGAUGGAAAUGUAUUGGCCAGAGGAAGAGACA